GUCGAUCGACUCGCGGUGUACCGUAUGUCUAAAUAUCUAACUACGGAAAACCACUUGGAACCGAGACACAUUCAAAUGCAACAACAUCACCGAUAUUGAUUCACCCUAAUUUUCUCCAUUUAAGUGAAUAUCAACUCAACUGUGCUGCAGUAAAUGGCUAAUUGAAUUAUAAAGUGGAUUAGAAGCUAUAAAAAGCUACAUUUGCAGAUAUGAAUUAUAGAUGGAAAGGGGAAUCGAUGAAUUUAAUGAAAUUACAGUGCUGGACAGUUAAGAGCUGAAUUCGAAGAAUGUAAAAUUAUAAAUCCAUUACUCGAGGAAUAAUUGAGGAUUUCUCAACUGGAAUUGUGAGCGAGUUAAAGAAGUGCAAUUAAAUUUAUUUAGACCAGUGAAGCGACAGGGAUCCACUCUCAAAAUGUGGGAAAAUGGGUUAGGUACAGUACUCAUUCCAACAGUUUCCACAAUGAUAAUUUAUGUGAUAACACUGAAUCUCGUGAGGUAUCUGAUGAAAGAUUCACACAUUCCAAUUAGAGAUGUUUCCAAAAAUCAUAAUUGGACGAACAUCGAUAGAGCAAGUAACAAGGCAUAUUACUGCAGCAUCUGCGAAUCACUGCUUAUUAAUAUGGAUGGCAUUCUCUGCGACUCUUGCGGAGUCUGUGCUGAGCGGGGGUGCAUAAAAUUAGCUGAUAAGAGGCUAAAGUGCAAGGCGAUUACGUUACCUAACGAUCAGCCGAUGUUACACCACUGGAUUAAGGGAAAUCUUCCGGCUCUUGCGAUAUGCGAAAUUUGUCAUGAGGAGUGCAGUGCGGAGCCUGGAUUGAUUGAUUGGUCCUGCUGUUGGUGUCAAAGAUAUGCUCAUGAAAAUUGCAAAGCAAGAAUCGAAGAGAUAUGUGAUUUUGGAAAGUUCAAACUGAUGAUAAUACCACCAUACAGCCUGGAAGUUGUUAACAGACGAAGAGCAGUACGGAAACGCCUUCAAUUACGUUCGAUUAUUCCACCAGUUUGGCCGAAUUGGAAACCUCUUAUCGUCGUUGCCAAUAGAAAAUCUGGGAAUAAUGAUGGGGCGGAGAUACUUUCUCUAUUUCGGCGUUUGCUUAAUCCUGCACAAGUUGUUGAUCUCUCGGAUCGUGAUCCGGUGGCUGCACUCGAGUGGUGUCGACUACUGGGGGAUAAUCCAUGUAAUGUUCUAGUGGCUGGAGGCGAUGGAACUGUGGCUUGGCUUCUAAAUGCUAUCCAUAAGUUAAAAUUGAAGCCAAUUCCAUCCGUAGCAAUAUUGCCACUGGGCACAGGAAACGACUUGUCUCGUGUGAUGGGCUGGGGAAAGGAGCACGAUUCAAAUUUCGAUCCGACAGAUAUUUUGCAAUGCAUUCAGACGGCCCAUUCGGUCAAACUUGACAGGUGGGCGGUGACGAUGAAAUCCGACAGUCGUAGUCUCGGCUUUCGUGGCACACCACAGAGGAUGUUUAUGUAUAAUUAUAUGAGUGUGGGCGUCGAUGCUCAGGUGGCUUUGAAUUUCCAUCGAACGAGAGAGAGCAAAUUUUAUCUCUUCAGCCACAGGAUAUUCAAUAAGUUAUUGUAUCUGGGCUUUGGUACACAACAAGUAGUGGAGAGAGAAUGCAAAGACCUCGACAAGAAAAUUGAAGUCUACCUAGACGGUGAGCAAAUAAAUUUACCAUCGGCCGAGAGCAUUGUCAUCCUGAAUAUCCCAUCGUGGGGAGCUGGAGUAAAACUCUGGGAGCUGCGACUCGAGGGCAAUGAAGGAUUCGAUAUGCAGAGCAUAAAUGAUGGAAAACUAGAAGUGUGCGCGAUUUAUUCAUCAUUUCAUAUUGCCCAGUUGCAAGUUGGUCUCUCGCAGCCUCAUCGAUUGGGUCAAGCCAAAACGGUCAAGAUUAAAUUACUCGAUUCUUAUGCAGUACAAAUUGAUGGUGAACCAUGGCUACAAAACCCAUGUGAAUUUGUCAUAACGCACUGUGAUCAUGCUUCUAUGUUAAUGUGUAACCAGAGAUUAUAAUUUUCAUUCGGAAAAUUAGGGGUCUGAAAUUAUUCCAGCUCUUUGCUUUGAAUUGCGUGAGAUAUCGUACAAAAAUUAUAUCAUAGUAUUUGCACAUGGCACAUGGUACAUUAUUAUUAUCAUUAUUUGGUAGAAGUAUCGGUGGUUAUUGUGAAAUUUUGCAAUAUUGAUCUGCAAACUCUUCGAAAGUUUUCAUGAUAUUAAUCCCCUCAAUGUUGUGAUAACCAUGGCAAUGUGUUUCAUAGAAAUUUGAAUUUAAGCUACUGCAUCGGAUUUUAGUAAAAUUGAGUUUUUCCAAUUUAUGGUAGAGGAAAUAUAAACAAGUUUUGAUGAUAUUCAUUUUCCAUUGCGAAUGAGUUGGGUCUUGUCACGAUAAUCCAAGGGGAAUCCGCUAGAGCUUUUAAACCCUGCGUUAUUCAUGUGGAGUGUAUGGCACACUCAAAUUUUGUUUUUAAUUAUUUUUUUGGGUUUUUCAAUUGGUUCGAAUAGAAAUAAGAGUUGGAAUAUCAAUAUUCCCAUACUUCGACAAUUUGAUGACUUUUGUUUUCUCUUUUUCGGUAUUUUUGGUUGAGGUAAUCCAGAUACUAUCUACAAAUUGAUAGCAAUUUGUAUAUCGUGGAAGAAAACUGAAGUCCGUUAUUAUUUUUCUUGGUGGUUUAGGGCCACCUUAUUGACCCGAACUUCGUCCAAAUUCUAGACCAUGUUGAGAUAGGAUUCCAGAAGGGUUUAUUUAAUAAUCGAACUCCAUUUAAUUAUAAUUGAAGUAUAUUGGUUCAAUAGAAUCGAUACUAUAAAAUCAAAUGAUAACUAAUUAGGUUCGGUAUCGCGCGCGGAACUAUUUACUCAACAUUUUUGGCUAGGAGUGGACAUCCGUCCAACUUCGGCUCCUGCCGUACUCUUCCUUAUUCCAGAGGCUGAAAAAUGGCGCUAGCCUAAAAUGCUGCGUAAGUAUUCUCCCGAUUUUGCGUCACUAAUACAACCAUAUGUCCCCAGCUGGACUCAAGUAACACCGUGAGACUGUUUAUUGAGCAUUUUAGAAUUAUUUCCAUAAAGAAUAUUUUAAUAAAACAAAAUCAACGCGUGGAUAUCUCCACAUAUUACAAUGCGUUUAAUCAAAUUGUCAAGUUGAGUGAAAUUUUGAAGUAGUUCAGGCAUAAUCGGCGUCACUUGAAUGACAUUUUCUGCAUUAGUUCUCUGAAUUGUUCUUUUCAUCUUCUCCAGCGAUGUGAUUUUAGACCCUAGAGGAUCAUUUGGGCUCAAAAGGUGCGGAAUGUUAUCAAUAUUAUCCAAGUAUACAUAACUCCACAUUGACAAAGUGACUGAUUAGUUUGUGAA